GUAAGGUUCGAACAUGUGGGUAGCAUUUGUGUGUAUUUGUGAGAGAGUGUGUGAGCUGGAGGGUCAUAUGUGUGAUGCAUGUGUAUUUCUUCUAUUACCAGGGAAAACAAUUGUCAACAUAACUUCUUAUUGGCUAGAAGAGAGAGUACAAUUUCAUUCUAUACUCGAGAAAGUAUCCCACCUCUUGUGGACUUUUUAUUUUAAGGCUCCAAAAACUUUUGGUUUCUGUCUCUGUCCCUCUAAAACCCCACCAAAACCAGCAGAAAGGUCAGAGAUUUGCAGAGACGUCGACAGAUUGAACAUCAUGAGCAUCGCCCUCCUGAGGAAGACUACCCUUCAACGUCUAUUACAUGGACAUUUGAAGAACCCGAUCAGAGAUACCCAUCACAUUCUCGGUACCCAAACGCCCCAGUACAGAGCUUACCUUCGUUUCCCUCAUUUUCUCAGGAGAAUUAGGGAAUAUGAGCUCUAUCCUUCCUCGUUCACCUCUUCGACCACCUCGUCUUCUAGUGUUGGGUUUGUUGGGUGGUAUUUGGGGAUGUUGAAGUCAUGGCCUGUGUUCACUAAGAGCGUCACGGCUGCCCUCAUUUACACUGCUGCCGACUUGUCAUCUCAGACAAUUGCAGGGUCAAGUUCAGAGUCUUAUGAUCUGGUGAGGACAUUACGCAUGGCUGGAUAUGGGAUGCUGAUUUUAGGACCAUCUCUGCAUUUUUGGUUCAAUUUAAUAUCAAAAAUCUUUCCAAAUCGAGAUAUAAUUAGUAUAUUGAAGAAGAUUCUCAUGGGCCAGACACUCUAUGGACCUUCCAUGAAUGUUGUUUUCUUCUCUGGAAAUGCAUAUCUGCAAGGUGAAAGCAGCACAGAGAUCAUUGCUCGGUUAAAGCGGGACUUAGUCCCAACGAUGAUAAAUGGUGUUAUGUACUGGCCUAUAUGCGACUUUAUCACAUUCAAAUUCGUUCCUGUUCAUUUACAGCCAUUGGUUAGCAAUUCAUUUUCAUAUCUAUGGACUGUCUACAUGACAUAUAUGGCGGGUUUAGAGAAAGUGGACACCUCCAGCUGAUGAUCGAUUCAAUGCUUGUGUGUCUCCCUUCACCGUCUCUGCUUUGGAGACACAGCGGGACGGUUUUUGUGCAGGAUCACACAAGCCAAGGAUUGUCAAUAUCAAGCAUGCUGAAACAAUGCAAUGAUUCCGGCGAGCGGGGGAGAAUGGUAGAAGGAAAACAAACUUUCAGCCAAACUCCCAUCUCUCGGAAGGAUUGAGCAGCAAUCUCAUUUAAUUUGGUCACCCUACGAUUUCAGGGGAAUCAACUGUGCAAACUGUGGUAUUUUUAAGCAGUCUAUCAGUGUUUUAAGACAUUACUUGUAAAAUUACUCUUUUUUUGGUUACGUAAUACCCAUCUAGCUGUCCACUAGACAAAUGGUUGGUAAACUCAUUCAUCUGUGUGCACUACUCAUCUGUGGGGAAAUUUGAUGUUUGAAACUCAAACAAAAUUGCCGGUAUGGGUGUCUAGGACAUGCCUAGUUGGUUAAUACGCAGGUUUAUCAACUUUUCUUGUCCAGGAAUCUGCAAAAAAAAAAAAAA